AUGGAAAAUCGGAGCGGCGAUUCAGCAGCUGUGAUUAUGCCGGAAAAUGAGAUGCAUUCGAAACAAGCUUCAGGCAUUCUUUAUUUAUUGCUUUAUUCUCGCAAUUCGACGCUGCAACGUUUCUGCGCUUCUCUUCUUCAAAGGCAUCCAAAUUGCACAGAAGCUGCAUGGAAAUCUCCUGCAUUAUCAGUGUCGUCAGCAGCCUACAUUUUAGUACUGGAUGUAUCGGACGUGACGGUGAAUACUCCGGCGAAGAAAAGUGAGUUGACUGACACAGAAAUGCGUGUGGCGGUCGACCAUGACGAAUCUGAAACUUCCGCUCCCCCGAUACAUGUCGUAGCCAAAAAAGUUCGUCCCGAGGAAGCUGCACAGGGAUUACGUCGCUCAACGCGGAACCGUGUGGCCCCAAUUCGUCGUUGGCUCGGCGAAAAGCCGAUAUAUCGCAGGGAUGAACAAGGAACACUGGAAUUAGUUGGCGUCGAGGAAGCCGUCAUUAGGGACCCGUUGUUAGUAAAGUAUAACGCAGUUGAUAUGAGUCAGAUCAUUGAGCAACAAACACGAGAACAAAGACGGCGUUCCCGUGCUCGACGACGGCGUGAGAAUGCUCGCCGAAAACAAGCAACAGAAUUGGUUGAGGCAUUAAUGGUGCCGCGGUUGACACGAUGGGAGGGCAAAGAAAUUCGAUUAUCCGCAGUACUGAAAAGCCGGAUAGCUUAUUGGGAUUUGAGUUUCAAUGAUGUGCCACCGUUCACCGGAAAAUCGAAAAACUUUUUUUGCAAGCAAAGCGGACUGAGAAAGCCUGUUGUUGACCUGUUGCGCGCUGCUCCAAAAGUGUGA